AUGAAUUUACCGUAUUUUCAAUUUUUGAACUGGGUUAGACCUAACCAUAGCAAUGUUCUAGAGUGGCUUGUUAGGGUAGGAAAGGACUACACCCCCGUUUUCCCUCUUCCUAACCCCGGGCUGACUGCCUUUCCCCCUGGGCAAGAGGCUUACACAUACGAUAUUCUGCUUGUCCAUGCCCAGGGCUCGGCACAGCCCCGACCCCGUGCACCAUCACCACCACAGCCACACGUUGAGGCACCACCACCACCACACCAUGUGCCUCAGCCACCCCCACAACAGCCUAGGCCAGACCCCGAGACCAUUUGGGACCUUCAGAUCAUAGGUCAGGCUAUAGGUCGAGUAGAGCAGCCCCAGGGAGACCUUAGGAGGAUAGUUGGCUCUCUUGAUCAGAGGCUGGGGUACGUUGAGAGGAACCUGGGUAGGGCCCUUUUUCCCAUGUAUGAUGACUAUGCUCGUCGGGGUGCUAUUCCCGACAAUGUUGUUUACCCUGACUGGUACCAGCCACUACCCCAGGGAUAUGUGGAUCCCACCUCCCAUGGCAUUUACACUAACUAUUCUGCAUUUGCUGGCUAUGGCCGAGACUUUCCCUUUGGGGGGUUAGGGGGGGAUGUUAACCCUAACUAUUUUGGUGGUAGCUCUUCUGGUGGUGCAGGUGGUAGUGGAGGUGGUGCGAUGGAUGAGGAUGGUGAUGAUUAG